AUGCGGCUCCUCCUUCACACCGCGCUGCUCGUCGCGACGGCCACGGCGCUCCUCGCAACUCCAGUACUCGCCGAAGUCGACGCGAUGUAUGCGCCGCUCUGGAACAUGCCGGCGACGUACGGGGGCAUGUGGCCGUACUAUGGUGGCAAGUGCUUCGGCGUGAACUGCGACGGCGACGGCGGGUACAACCCGCUCCCGGGCUUCGUUCUGCCGUACCUCGACAGGAUCCCGACGGUGGACGUGGACCCCCGCUACGACUUCAUCCAGCGCAACAAGCCCCUGGAGACCAUCCCGUCGGCGUACCGGCCCUCGGAUGCCUUCCUGGGCCUGCGGCCGGAGCCCGUGCGGUUCAUCAUCCGCGACCCCAGGACGGGCGAGAUCAUCCGGAUCAUCCCGGGGUACUGA